UGCUCUUGAGGAAAUAUGGCACAGGCUAGAGAAGAAGCAGGGGAAGGUCAGCUGGUGUCUGGUCAGGAGCCACCAUCACGCAUUAUCAGAGUGUCUGUCAAGACCCCACAGGACUGCCAAGAAUUUAUGCUGGAGGAGAACAGCAGCAUCCACCACUUUAAGAAGCAGAUCUCCAAACGCCUUCACUGUGACUCUGACAGACUGGUGCUCAUCUUCACAGGAAAAAUCCUCCGGGAUCAAGACAUACUGAGCCAGCAAGGCAUCCUUGAUGGCACUACGGUCCACUUGGUAGUGAGGUCUCGUGUGAAAGGAACUCAGCCCGGUCCCGGCGCUCUGCCAGGUCCCACUGGACACUGUGCCCAUCAUUCAGAACCAUCCACCUCGGAGAGUGCUGGGAUGCUAGCCAGGCUGGGCCGGCUGGCCCAGGGCUCUCCUGAUCUGGCGGACCUCCUUGGCCAGCUAGCGCAACUCCUGUUGAUUGCGCCCGAGGCCGUGGUGCAGCUCUCGGAAGACCCUAUGGUUCAAGGCCUGGUAAGUGAGAAGCUAGCCAAUGCCAGCCACAUUCCUGACUCCUCAAAGCCAGUACACAAACCUGAGCCGGCUCUUAAGGCUCUGGAAAACUUGCAGAACCCGGCCCAGCCACCGGAACUCCUGCAGGCAGACAAGUGGGGACUGGAGGCCUUGAAGGCAGUGCCAGGUGGUGACAAUGCCACACAUCCAGUCUGCUCUGAUAUCCAGCACCUCAUGCUCUCCACUCUGGCCUCACUGGCUGCUUCCAAAGGCCAUGGCCCAAGUUCAGAGCCCAGCAGAGGGGGCGCCAAUCCUCACAGCAGUACUAACACAAACGCCACCACCGUCCCCACAGCCGCUGCACCUGCCAGGCCACCGGCACAGGAGGUCAGAGUAGGAGUCGUUGCUCAAGUCAGGGGCAUGGUCUCAAACCAGGCCAAUUCAGGCUGCAGGACUGGGAUGUCGGACUUAAAUUCGGGCCAGGAUCUUUCCUCCCAGGAGAGCCAACAGCCCAUAGGGAAAGCCACACCAGCCAGUCAGCUGAGACCUUCACCCUCUGCCUUGCGCAGAGCUCUGCAUGUCCUGCAGCAGAAUCCAGCUCUGCUGCGCCAGCUGGUGACCGACAGCCCCCUGCGACACCAUAUGCCACUGCUUCCCAUACUCACCAACCCACAGGCACUGCAGGCAUUGAUCCAGAUAGAAAAGGGCCUGCAGAUACUGUCCAGGGAGGUGCCUGGGUUGGGACCUUGUUUAUGGGGUCCAGGUAGACCAUAUGGGGCUAGAGGAGCUCCUGAAACUAGGGGUGGAGGACAAGGUCACAGAGCAGACCCUGUGCAACCCACACUGGCCGUUCUUCAGCUCCUCCAUGCACUGGCCAAUGCUUGCUCCCAGUCUACCCAGUCCUCCCUGUCCUCGUGCCCCCUCGCUGACAGCUGCUACCAGCAAGGACUGGAGCAUCUGAAGGCCAUGGGCUUUGCUAAUCGUGAUGCCAAUCUUCAGGCCCUGGUGGCCACAGGUGGAGACAUCCAUGCUGCCAUUGAGAGGCUGCUGGGGGUACCAGAGGCCUAG